UUCAUUCAGGCGCUGUGGCGGUAAACUCUUUGCGCAAACAUAUCAAGUAGGGAUGAUUUUUUAACUAUGAUAAAUAGUUUUAAGAAACUUGUGUUCAUACAUCAGAUGUGAUGACAUUAAUAUCCCGAAAUAUUUUGCAGAAUCGGUUUGAGCGAAAUGUUAAUAAGUUCUGUUGUGAUUACGAGGGCUAUGGGCGAGUCGUUUGUGUAAUUUUUUGAAACGCCCAAGUGGAAGCCUACGCUACAUUUCUGCUCCAAAUGUCCCAAAAAAACGACUCUGAAAAUGAAAUUUGGGAUUAUAAACCUCGUGUGAAGAAGAAGAAGAAGAACGUGACAUCAUCAGUGGCCAGGAGAGGAAAAGGGCCUUCGUUCAACAGCAGUGCUAAAGCUACUUCUAGUGACGUCACUGCGGAAGUAAACAAAGGGGAUUCUGCCAUCCCGGCGUCUAAUCAGGAAUCGAUUGAUGCUAACAAUGAAACCAAGGACGAAUUUUGUCCCGUCUGCCAGAUGCCAUUUUCUAUUUUGUUGGUGCAGUCCCACAGAUGGCAUGUUGCUGAGUGCCUUGACAGCCCCAGGGACACAAGCAAAGAAUGUCCAGAUGGUCUCCUGUGCUCAUCCUCCAUUCCAAACCAUUACAAGAAGUUCGACCACACGCUGUUGGCCCACACCCGAGCCAACAGUGAAGCCAGAAUCCUCGAGACUGGACUGGGUGGUACCUCUCAGGACCCAAUUGAUGCUGGGACGCCGCCUUCGAAACUCUCCAAUGGCCUCCUCUUGUUGCGAUCACCCGGCCCAGAAGACAUGAAGAAGAAGAAAGGCUGGAUGUCGUCGCCGUCUUCUAAAGGCCGCUCGUCUGUUAGCUCCUCACAGGAAAGUAGGACUGAACUUUCUUCCACUUUAGCUAAAAAUGAGCCCCCUCUUGACAUCGAUGAUGUAAUAUCCUACUCCCCUCUUUCGGAGCUCCCUGCAGAGGUAGAGGCCACUAACGGCAAAGCCCACACUAAAUCUGAAGGUGAAGACUCUCUGGUUCUCUUCAGUGAUGAUGAGCUUUUUGUUGAUUUUGAAAGCACCAAUGCAAUAAGCGACACCCAGUCCGCUAAGGAGGAAAGCCUCCAGUCUCCUCAGAGGCUUGUUUUGGAACGCUUACGGGAAAACCUUCCAAGCAGCAGUAGUUUUCCUCCAUCAUCGCAAACCCUCCAGUUCACCAUGGCGCCUCGGACUGUUCCAAGCAUCGGCAAUCAAGGCUCCAGCUUCAAGCAGACAGACAUCGGGGUGUUCUUUGGCCUUAAACCUCUUAAGAAGGAGGAGAAACGGGACGUUUUAGUGCAAUCAGACCUAGACGCGACCUGCAGUUCCUCAGUCGCUCAGAACUGGAGAGGCCAGAAGGGAGGCAGGCAGAGGAAGAAAACCACAAGGGAAGAUGUCAGCAAUGGCGACGCGGUGGAUGCUCCGGUAGAGACGGGAAAACGGAGAAAAAAAUGGUGGAACCGAGAAAGAGAAGGUGGAGAUGAACAACCGUCGCGUUGUCCGUUCUACAAAAAGAUUCCUAACACGACGUUUGUCAUCGACGCCUUUCACUACGGAGCCAUCGAGGGCAUCACCGCCUACUUCCUGACUCACUUCCACUCAGACCACUAUGGAGGACUCACCAAGAAGUUCACACUUCCAAUCUACUGCAACAAAAUUACCGGCAACCUGGUGAAAAGCAAACUGAGGGUGGCUGAGCAGCAUGUGCACGUCCUUCCCAUGAACAACAGGGUUACUGUGGAUGGAGUGGAUGUCAUCCUUCUCGAAGCCAACCAUUGUCCAGGAGCUGCCAUGUUGCUGUUCUUCCUUCCAAACGGACGCACUAUCCUCCACACUGGAGACUUCCGAGCCGAUCCAUCUAUGGAGGAUUACCCGGAGCUGCUCGGCUGCAGGGUGCAGACUCUCUACCUGGACACGACGUAUUGCAGCCCAGAGUACACCUUCCCCAGACAGCAGGACGUCAUCAGCUUCGCCACCAGCAGGGCCUUCGAGUUGGUGACGCUGCACCCACGCACUUUAGUGGCGUGUGGAUCCUACUCUGUGGGCAAGGAAAAGGUCUUUUUGGCUCUGGCAGAAGUUUUAGGCUCCAAAGUGUGCCUUUCGCGAGACAAAUUCAACACCAUGUGCUGUCUGGAGUCGGAGCACAUUAAAAAAAGCUUAACCACCGACUGGAAGGCAGCAAGGGUCCACGUUCUUCCCAUGAUGCAACUCAAUGUCAAAAAGCUACGUGAGCACCUGGCGAAGUUCUCUAGCCAGUACGAUCGUCUGGUUGCCUUCAAGCCCACCGGGUGGACCUUCAGCCAGCAGAUGGGCUCAGUGGAGGACAUUCAGCCUGUCGUCAACGGCAACAUCUCCAUCUAUGGGAUCCCAUACAGCGAACACAGCAGCUUCUUAGAGCUGAAGCGUUUCGUCCAGUGGCUGCGGCCGCUUCAGAUCAUCCCCACGGUGAACAACGGCAGCUGGGCUGCCAGGAAGGCCAUGGAAAAGCACUUUAGCCAGUGGCUCAGCAAAAUGGUCUAGAUUUGUUGUUCUCAAACUUUUAACUCCAUAAUUUAUGUCAUCUUUGCUUGCCUAAAUAUUGGGCUUGUACUCGCAGGUUGCAUACAAAUAUUCUCAUGUACUGUAUAUAUUUCCAGUAUUGUUUUGUUAAUUCUUACAUACUAUAUAAUUGUAUAACUGUUUGUGUACAACAAAUAUCACCACAGUGAUUCAUGUACCUAAAUACAUCAUGUUCCUGCAGUUUAUUAAGACAUUGUAAUUAAUGUAUGUAAUUAUCUGCCUUUAAAAAUAAUUUAACUUCCUGCCAUUGUUUUUUAAUAAAUAAAUUAUGUUCUG